AUGAAUGUGUUGAAGUUGACGCUGCUACUGCUGCUGCUACUGAAAGAAUGCAGAGCGCAACUUGACGUCUGCGGGCAAGCCCCUCUCAACAAGGGUCCUGUGAGUGGUCAGGCAGCCCCAGUGGGUGCGUGGCCUUGGCUGGUUAGCCUGCAAUUUUCCGGGCAUCACUUCUGUGGGGGGUCACUCAUCAGCAGACAGUGGGUGCUGACGGCCAUGCGCUGCAUUGUUGACAGUCCUCAAGUUAUUACAGUGAUUUUGGGUCGCCAGCGCCAAGAUGGUCCCAAUCCUCACGAGGUGGCCAAAACUGUCGCAAAGGUCAUUCGCCAUCCUGACUACGACCCGACAACCUUCAAGAACGACGUGGCCCUCUUGCUGCUUUCCACGCCCGUCAUCUACACAGACUUCAUCAAGCCUGUCUGUCUGGCUGAAGCCUCGAGCACAUUUUUCGACGGAACCGAAAGCUGGGUCACCGAAUGGGGAGACAUUGGAUUCAAUGUUUCUCAGCCAUCCGGGCAGGACCUGAAGGGGAUGAAAGUCCCUGUACUGGGAAACCGCCAAUGCUUUUGCGACUACAGCGGCCUGAUAGAAAUCACCGACAACAUGAUUUGUUCUGGCUUAAGAGAGGGAGGAAAAGGCAACUGCCAGGUCGAUUCUGGCAGUCCCAUGGUGACUAAACAAGGGCCUGUGUGGAUCCAGAUCGGAGUGGUGAGCUUUGGUGCAGGUUGUGUCCUGCAGGAGUUUCCGGGCAUCUAUGCGCGGGUGUCCCGGUACCAGGAGUGGAUCAGCAACCAGAUCAGCAACCAAACAGGUGUCGACGACCUGCCGGGCUUUGUCCGCUUCAUUUCGACGGGCACCGACCCCGACCUGAAAGUGAGCUGUCCCGACCUACCUCCUCCACUCAUCACCACCAGCUCCCCUACUGGCUCUACUGCCUCCACCGCCAGUACUCCCCCUACCAGUGCUACCACCACUAAUGCCCCCAUCGUUAUCGAGCUGUGAAUAACAAGUGCUUUAUAAACAACACAAACCGGGAGGGGCUGAGGAUCUUUUUUCGUUUUAUCCAAUGGUGUAGGUUUGCAUAGGGACAGUAGGGACAUAACACUACUAACUUUUCAGGAUGCUCAAAUAAUCCCCACCAACUUUUAAGCAACCUUAUUUGCAUUAUAAAAUCACUUCAGUUAUAUAGGUCAUUUAGAUUGUCUGCCUAUAUGUUGUCAUUGUCACGUCAUGGGGGAGUUGUGUCACGUCAUUUCCUGUUUUAUUUUGAAGGCUUCACCCUCCUUGUGUCUGUACACUUGCCCUUCCUCUUGUCACCUAAUCACCUAUUGUUUCCACCUGUUGCCCAUUACCUCUUGUGUAUAAAUAGUCUGCAUCUCCCCUAUCUGGUGCCAAAUUGUCUUACUACCCAUGUUAGUCACGUCGGCCUGGUUUCACAGCAAUCAUAGUUGUAUAGAUUUUACUUUUGCUCAUAGUUAUUCUGGCUUUUUCCUCCAGUUGGAGCCUUUCAUGUUUGUAAUUUUCCUCCUUUUGGAGUGCUUUUUGUUUGAGUUUUUGAUCGAGAUUGUCCUGACUCAUUCCUCCGUUUGGAGCGCUUU